UUAUAAACAAUAAUAUAACAAAACUUUUCAGGCAAUGCAGUGCUGUCAUCUGGUUCAUUGAUAAGUACUAUCUUGACAGCUGUAAUAAAAACAACAAUCAACAAAACAACAAUAAUAAUACACACGUCAAUUUGAGACAUGCCUUAUUAAUAUAAACAUUCAAGUAUUUUUUUAGUAAAUUAAAUAAAUCACGUAGUUAAACAUCAACAUGAGCCGAUCAAGUCAACUGCCAAAUCUUGAUAAAAUUUUUAAAGAUGAUGAAGAACAUGAUUUUACUCCAACUGGCGGAUCUAAUUUAGCUGCAAUAUUCGGUGCAUCACAACAACUUGAUGGAAGAGAUAUACAACAAUCUCAAGUACAAAAAAAUUCAAGUAAUAGUGGUAAAAGUACACCAAAAUUAACACCACAAAAUAAAACUGAAGUUAUUAUUGCAAAGGCUGUUCAUGCAUAUAAAUUACAAGAUGGUCAAUAUUCAUUGAUUGGAAAAGUUGGAAUAGCAUUAACUGGAAAUUUAGCAACACAAACAUAUCUUUUAAUAUUAUAUAAAAAUAAACAAAAUCAUAUAUCUGUUGUAACUUUAACACCUAAUUUUUCAUACGAUGUUAAAGAAAAUAAUUAUGUUAGUUAUUAUGAUGGUAAUAAUGAAAAUUGGUCAAUACUAUUUGAAAAUUCUGAAUCAUCAAUUGAAUUUUCACGAGAAAUUUGUUUAUCAAAAUAUUAUUUACAAACAAAACCAAUGGAUACAGUAUAUUAUGAAAAUUUAACACCAAAAAAUAACAAUGAAGCUGCAGCAGAUGAUGAUAAUAUUUUAUUAAAUUAUUUUUUAAUAACAAGUAUAUCACAGCCAUUGCAAAUUAAAGAUAAACCAUUACAAAGUAUGACUGUUCAAGUAUCAAGUUAUGAUACAUGGGAAAAAACUUUAGCUGGUGUUACCAAAGGAACAAAAAGACUACUAGUGCUACCACCAAGUAAACAACUUACAUUAGGACCUGGAUUUCCCAUGACAAAAGAUAUUGCUAUGGAAAUUGAAAUUGUUGAUAUAAUUAAAUCAGAAGAAGAAAGUAUACCAUCACCAAAAUUACCUGUACCAGGUGGUAAAGCUGCUUUAAUAUCUAGAAUGGCAAAAAUGGGUCAAUCAAUACUUCCAAAAGUUUCAACAACUGAUUCUGAAGAUACUGAGGAUGAAAUACAAAUUAAAUCACCACGUAAAAUAAAAAAUUCAAGUGUUGAAUCUAUUCAAGAUACAAAAAAAUCAUCAGAAACAAUUAUUGAAGAAUCAUCUCCAGAUGCUUCUAUUACCUCUGGAGGAAUGAUGAUGAAAAAUUUUACUGGCUCAAAUGUACUUGGAUCACAUGGAGCUGUUAUUCCUGCUGGUAGAACAUAUUCACCAUCUUGGCCUAGUAAUACUCCAAUUUAUGAACGUUAUGUUUCAACUGCUGAUGGAACAUUUCCAGUUCAAACAACACUUGCACAUCAAAUGAUGCCAAUUGAUCCAAAUAUAAAUAUAUUUUUAUCAGAAACAAGAACUCAAAAUUCAGAAAUACGAAUGGGAAUAAAUAAAGUUGCUGAUAAUGUUCAAAAAUUAUUGGAUAAAUUUCAUCUUAUUGAAAUUAAAAAUGCUGAACAACCAACAAAUGAAAAAGCUCUUGAGACUACUUUAAAAAUGAUAUUGUCACUUAAUUCAGAAAAAAAUCAUCUUAAAAAUGAUAAUAAUUUAAUUGAUGAAAAAAAUUGUACUGCAAGCUCAACAGAAUCACUACAACUUCAAGAAAAAAUAAAAUUACUUGAGGAUGAAUUAAGAAUAACAAAAAAUAAUUUAAAUGAAUGUAAGUCUAAGUUGGAACACAUAGUAACUGUAAAAUCAGAAUUAAUAACAGACAAGCUAGAAAUGCAAAAAAAAAUUGAUAAAUUAGAAACACAAUUAUCAGAUACUCAUACAUCAGUAAGCAAUUAUUUGUUGAAUAUCAAAGAGGCCAAUGAUUUGACUUUAAAAUAUCAAAAUAAAAAUCAAGAAUUAGAAGAUAAAAUAAAAGCUCUUGAAGUUGAAAAAAAAUUAUUAGAAAAUAAUGAUAAAUCAUCAGAAAAAGAUACAACAGCUGAAGUUAAAUCAAUUAUGAAUAAAACUUAUCAGACUCUUGUUAAUAAAUAUACAGAAGAAUUUUAUCCACGUGAUUUUAUCAAAAGUACAAUUGCAAAUACAAUAAAAGAAAUAACUCUUCAAGUAUUGAUGGAUGAAAAAAAAAAUAAAAAAAUUGCUGAUAAAGAUUUUGCAUUGCCUGAAUUUAAUCAUCAAUCAUCAGGCUCAGAGACAAAUAUAAUUCUUGAUAGUCAAGAUGGACCACCACCAAUUCCUCCAAUGGAUCUAGAUGUUAAUGAUGAUAAUGAAGAUUUGCUUCCAUAAAUCAUUUAAUAAAUUACGUAUUUUAAUUUUAGUAUUGUUUUAUUUUCAAUGAUUCUAUUUAUACUUAUAAAUGAAUUAAUAUUUAAUUAAAAUAUUCAUUUUAGGUGGACUUUUAUUUAUAAAAACAAAUUAAAUUGUUUAAAUACAUUGACACUAAUAGAUAAUUAUAAUUUUAAAAUUAUUAUCAGUUAAUAAUUUUUAAAAUUAGUCAUUAAAUUAAGGUUUCAUAUACAUGUACACAAUACAUACAAAAAAAUUUUGAUCCAGUCAUUCGUGAAAAAAAAAGAAUAAAGAAAAAAA